UGGGCGUGUCCCGCGGCCCAAGAUGGCGGCGCUGUGGGUCCUGUGGGCGCUCGCGGGGGUCGCGCUGGGCCCGGGGGGCGUCGGGGCCGCCGAGCGGGUCCCGCUGCUCGUCUGGUCCACGGAGAGGUCGCUGUGGCCCCCCCUGGCUGCCCCCCCGGGGGGUCGGGUGGUGUCGGAGGAGCAGCUGGAGGAGCUGCUGACCCCGGGGCUGAUCCGCGGGCCCCGCACGGUGCUGCUCUUCCUGCAGGACCAGCUGAGCCUGGAGGAUUUCACGGCCUUUGGGGGCGUUUUUGGGAACGAACCCGGCAGGGCCUUCACCCAGACUGCAGCGGGGUCGUCGCUGGUGCUGCCGGGGGUCUCUGGGGGGGCUCUGGGGUCGCUGCCCCUGACCCUGCAGAGGGCCCUGGGGGCCCCUCCCCUGCGCCUGCCCGGGGGGGUCCUGGGGGGGCUUCGGCUCAACCGCUCCGACCCCGCCCUGCUCGUCGUGGGGCUGCCCCACAGCCUGAGGUGA